AUGUUGAUCCUCAAGGCAGAAGGCAAGAGACCUGGUGAAGUGUACAAGAUCAACUCCAGCGAAGCGGCUAUCCUAGAAAGUUUUGUCCGUCAACCUUGGCCCCCCUGGGAGAUAAACGGGUAUCAGAGGCGCCUCAACGAACUGUCCGAAUAUCGAGACAAAGUGGACGCAACUAGCUUGUCCAGACAUGACAAGUUUAUCUUUAUGGAAAGUGAAGAGGCACGAUUCGACGGGAAAGAAGAAAGGCGUAGGUUGGCAAUUGCCAUUGACCAACUUUGGCAAAAUGGGUUGUGGUCUGGAUUUGCCAUCUGUUUCCCGAAUCUCAAAGUCGACGAUACGUACCCAAUGGGCUGUUCAAGUCCACCUAGGACGGGCUACGAUCGACCCUUGCAAUGGAGAACAAAAAGAGAUACUGCGCCACCUGCCUUUCAAAUAUUUGAUUUCCACUCUCCUGCAACAUCACUGGUCAACUCAGAGUGUUCAACUUUAUUAAAUCCUUUUGGGUCAUGUCCUUCAUCCAGCACUUUAAGUAGCUCGGUGCUUAGCCAAACUGUCCUGCCGCAACCUGAGGAGGGGUUACAAUUAAGCCCAAAUUCCAGCUCUCCACAGGUCGCGCGCAUGCAAGAAGAAGCAGGAAUUGGGCUAGGUCCCGAAUUCUAUGAUGAGGUGAGGGCCUCUAAGAUCAGACUCGUCAGAGGCUGUCCUGAGAAUCUCAACUGCCAAGUGAAAAUAUCCAACUUGCCUGAAAAAGUGUUCACAAGUGACAUUAUCGACUCCAUUCACGAAGGAGGACUUGUGUUCCUCGGGCUGAAGCUAGCCCACCCUCCAGAGCGAACUUCUCACGUCGCCUACGUAAUUUUCAAGAAGCGUCAGAGUGCAGUCGAAUUUCUCAAACGCGGCAAUAUGGGUAUUGUGAUUGGUGGGAAACAGGCCGAGGUUAGGCCAGCAGAAAUGAAGACAUACCCCUGGCCAACGGAGCUCUUGCACCAGACCCGGGUUCUGGAGAUUGAAGGCCCUGCUCAUAUGGUAGAUGGCAACAAGAUCAGGCGUUUGUUCUCUGAAUACGAAUUCAAAUUCUUGUAUCCGCAGCAAAAGGUUAUUGGAGAUAGAAAGAAGGUCCAGUUUCACUUCUUGGAAAUUAUUGGAGGAUCGAGAGAAGCAUACCGCCUCUACGCUGGUCAUAUUGUUGAUCACGGAGAUUUAGGUCAGAUUACCGUCAAAUUCGCGCCAGAUCCUUGUGGAGAUUGA